AUGUAUAUGCACAUUAACGAAAUGGAUUUGAUAUUACCAUCUAUGAAACCAAAAGGAGCUUUAUGGUUAGGCAAUAUUAAGGCUGCCUAGAAUAUUAUGAAUCUAAGUAAGGAAAAUAUUCGUACUGUAAUUACAGUAGCUAACAAUGUUAAUGUCAGCUAUCCAAAACAUUAGAAAAUAAACCAUAAGAUUUUUAAAGUUCAUGAUAAAGAAAAUGUAACUAUUCAAGAACUGAUCGAAAUGACAAAUGAAGAAAUUGAAGAGGCUAUGAAAAUUGGGUCUGUUUUAGUACAUUGUAUGGCUGGUAUUUCUCGAUCAGCUACAUGUGUCAUUGCCUAUUUGAUGAAUGAAAACAAAUGGACUUUUGAGAAAACACUCAAAUUUGUUAAAUAGAAAAGGCCCUGUGUAAAUCCGAAUGAAGGAUUUAAAAAAUAACUGAUUUCGUAUUCAAAUGAAAUUUAAAAGAAAUUAAUACCCAAAUAAACUUUAUAAAUUAACAAUCCCUUAGCAAAAUUAAGAAGAUAAUUACAUUAAUCUCCUGAGGAUUUGAUCAAAUAUACCUAAUUAGCCAGAUCUCCUAAACACGAGAUCAAAGUAUUGACAAAGGAUUCAACAGAAGAAGAGAAAUAACAAUAUAGAUAAUAGUUAGCCUAAAAGUUAUUUGUUAAUACUUUUUCAAAGACAGACAGAAAUCGAUAAUAAUUAUAAACUGUACAUGUCAAUAAAUCUUCAAAUAUUAAAGGAUAUAUCAGUAUGUACAAGUAAGUAGAAGAAUAAAAAUUGAUAGGAUUCUUAUCGGAUCGUUUCAAUUGA